AUGGAAGAUGAUGUUAUUUUCACUGUAAAAUGGGAACUAAAUAUAAUGGAAAAUACUCCAGUAGGUGAUAUCGAGAUGAAAAAAAUCCAAUUUAAUUUCGACAAAAACAUCAAAUGUCAAAUUCAGCCAGAAAUAAGAAUAAGCUCCAUGGAAAUUACUGAUGCAACAAAAGAUACUAUCGAAAUUAGAGCAUUAGCUACUAUUACUAAUCCAUCAAAUAUUGAAAUUGAUCUUGGUAGUAAUGUCAAAUUUUAUCUUAUUUCUGACCAAAAUAUUAAAAUUGCAAAUUUGAUAAUAGAAAACUUUAAACUAGGACGUGAAAAUAGAGACGUUAUUGUUAAACUAAAAUAUUUGCCAGAUAAAGAUUCUGGAUAUAAAAUUAUAGACAACUAUUUAAAUAGAAGAAUUAGUUCAUUAUCUAUUAAAGCAACUAAUAAAACGACUUCAAUAUAUCCUUACAAAAAGUUUUUGAAACUUUAA